AUGUCUGACCACGAGGAAAAUGCCAACAGCUCGGGCUACUCGACGCCCGUCCCGGAGCUCGACGACCACCGGAACCAGUCCACUUCAGUCCAGCGCUCGGAUCGCGCUCGACGUGGCACAUUCGAUUCCCUUUAUGGCGCUCGGGUGAUGGCGACUGGUGGGACCCCUGGGGAGCCACGCGUUCGCGAUUUAGAGGAAGCUGUUGUCGAUGAGGAGGGUGGAGAUCAGUCCCCGAGUAUGAGACGCACCCGGCGCCCAACGAUCGAAUCGACUUCGGAUCGGUCGACCUCGCCGCCAAACUCGGUCAAAGCCUUCGCUGAAGCGCGUCGGCGGGAGCGCGGCCUCUCUAUCUCGGAGCCAAAGGUGGAACGCAAGCCUGAUGACCUUGAGCUACAACGGACUGCCUCGGUCGCUAGCCGCAUUAGCUUCCGGAGCCGGCCACACACCGUAGGAAAUGCCGACGCCGCAAGCCUCGCUACCAACAAGUCCGCCGAAGAGGAUGUCUGCUUUCCGCUGCAGGAUGAGCAAAGCGGUGGCAACCUCUACAUCGACUUCGACUACCUCGAGAACUUUAUCCAGGCCGAGAACGAAGCUCGCCAGGCCGCCCGCCGGCCGUCCGCCAUCAGGGUCUUCCCCGACGUGCGACCCGAGAGCACGGAAACUGGCCCCCCUACCUUAACGGCAGACGGUGAAUACAUGGGAACACCGUUCAGCAGCGAAAGCCAGACCGAGAAGGGUGACAGGUCGGAAGCGGACGAGCAAACUAAGGUUGUGCCGCCGGCCCCUGUGGAUCACAGCCGGGUGAGCUUCUUCUCGUCUGCUUGGGAGUCGACCAUCCACGCGGCCGACCUAGAGGGGCUCAUUCUACCGGGCGAGGACAUCCGUGGGCUUUUUACCUUCCCCAAGGGCGAGACCGACGGCGUCUGGUGGCUAAACAUUAACAACCCCUCCGAGGAGGAAGUCCGUGCCAUCUGCCGUGCGUUCGGCGUUCACCCCUUGACGGUGGAAGAUAUCUCGACGCAGGAGUCCCGCGAGAAGAUUGAGCUCUUCCCCUCGUACUACUUCGCCUGCUUCCGCUCGUUCUUCAUCGAGCUUGACGAAGAGACCGGCGAGAAUGAGUUCAUUCCGUUCAACAUCUACGUGGUUGUCUUCCGAGAGGGCACACUGAGCUUUAGCUAUGCCAGCAACCCGCAUGCCUCGCAUGUGAGGAGGAGAAUUGCGAUGCUGAAGGACUACGUUGCUCUGAGCAGCGAUUGGAUUUGCUAUGCUCUGAUUGAUGACAUUGUUGAUUCUUUCGCUCCCGUCAUCAGCAGGUUGGAGGCGGAUACGGACCAGAUUGAGGAUGAGGUGUUCAUUGCCCGGACCGAUGACAUGGCCCAGUUUCUCCGAAAGAUUGGCACCGCGCGCAAGAACACUAUGGCCCUAAUGCGCCUUCUCGGAGGGAAGGCCGAUGUCCUCAGGGGUUUCACCAAACGCUGCAACGAAAACUACAAAGUUACCCCGCGCAUGGACAUUGGCCUGUACCUCGGCGACAUCCAGGAUCACGUCGUCACCAUGAUGAACAACCUGGGCCAUUUCGAAAAGAUGAUGUCUCGCGCCCACAGCAAUUACCUGGCCCAGAUUUCCAUCGACGGUAUCUCUCAGAGUACCAACACCAACAGGGUGCUGAGCAAGAUCACGCUCCUGGCGUCCAUCAUCGUUCCCUUGAACGUGGUCACGGGUCUGUUUGGCAUGAACGUCCCGGUUCCUUGGCGGGACACCGAGAGCCUGGCUCCUUUCUUCGGCAUCCUGGGCUCGCUCCUCGCUUUCUGUGUCGUUUGUACGUAUCUGGCUUACAAGUAUCGGAGGCAUCUGUAG